GUUAUAGGUUUUUGAGAUGAAUUCCCGAUUUUGACCUUAAUUAAACACCCAAAAUUGAAUUAUACUCAAUUUGGUAAAAAAAAAAGUAAUUGGUGGCCGUCCAGGAUUCUUGGGUACGGAAGAUUCGAUCUUCACGCCAUAUUACGGAAAAAAAAUUCGAGAUAUGGCCUUGAACGCAGAAGCAACAUCGAGAAGGAGACACAGUGCUAGGGUUUCAAUGGCAAGCGAUGAUGCGCUGGACAAGAUUCUUCUUAGCAAAAGAUUGGAGAAGAUACAGGCCUUGCGGAUUCUGGAGUCAGAGCUGGUUCACUUGACAAUCGAUUAUCACAGAGCAAUAAUCGAUUAUCAGGCCUCUCUGGACUUAACAUCUAGACAAACCAACUUGACAAUCGAUUAUCCUAAGAGAAUGAGUCAAGCAGCAGGCAACGAUGGACAGGUUGUCCCACAUGAGGGGCCUGAGCACGUGAGCGUGCACACGGAAGCAUCGAGCUUCACACCCCAGCAGGUCCCAGAGCAGGCAGCCCCGGGCGCGGGUCCUGUUCCGGAAGUGGUACUCAUCAAUCAGCCGCAGUUCGCGGCUAACUUCAUGAACUUCCUCCAGCAGUUGGCUGGCACAUAUGUUCCACCUCCGCCACCACCGCCACCACCGGUGGCUGUGGUCACCAUCGAGAAGCUCCGGAAGAACGGAGCUGAGGAAUUCUUAGGCGACCAGAUCGCCGACCCCAUGAUCGCUAAAUAAUGGUUUGAGCGAAUCGUACGAGUUUUGGGAAACCUUAGGGUUCCACAAGAUCAGCGCGGCGACCUCGCAGUCGCAUUACUUCAGGAUU